GCCCUUGUGGGUCAUCAUUUUCAAAAAAAGGUGAAGUCAAAGACUCCAGGACGGCAGGAGUUCAAAAAGGUGUUCAAUCAUAGAAGCAGGUUUAGAAGCGUCAUUGGGCGAGUGUUCAGUGGAUAUGGCUUGCUCUUGUUCAAAGAGUGCCCGGCACCUCACCUUCGUACGGCGAAUGAUUUCAGUCCAAUCAAGGAAAUGCUCAUCCACGUCUAGUAUUAAUGAUGAGGAGGUGGCCAAAUUCUCCUCUCUGUCCUCGAAAUGGUGGGAUCCUCGUGGAGCAUUUGCACCUCUGCACAGUCUGAAUGCGCUGCGUGUGCCGUUGGUACAACGGGCGGCGAGGCACAUUGUUCAAACUCCUUCACAGCAGUCUUCGGCAGAGUCAACGGACAGCACAACUGCUCGACCGGCAGCCAGCCUUGAAGGGCUGAAGAUUUUAGAUAUAGGUUGUGGCGGAGGUCUGCUAAGUGAGCCAAUGGCCAGACUUGGAGCAUCUGUUCUGGGACUGGAUGCCUCGCAGCGUAGCAUUGACAUUGCUCGACACCAUGCGGCCAUGGAUUCGUCUUUUUCGGGAAGACUGCGGUACCAGUGCGGUGCUGCGGAGGACCUACCGGAGUCAUCGUCGUUUCACAUUGUCGUCGCGUCAGAAGUGAUUGAGCAUGUGUCAGACCAGCGGUCGUUUGUCAAUACCUGCUGUCGCCUUGUCCAGAAUGGUGGUGCCGUGGUCUUCACCACUCUGAACAAGACGUGUCUCUCGUAUGCGCUUGGCAUUGUUGCUGCCGAGUCACUCGGCUAUGCACCACCAGGAACACAUGAGUGGGAAAAGUUCAUAUCUCCGGACGACUUGAGCGUGCUUUUAAUGAACUGCAGAGAAUCUGGGUCUUUGAUGCGAGUGGAACUUUGCCAGGGUUUGACGUUCAGCCCUCUCACGCAGCGCUGGACACUAUCCGACUCUAUGCCAAUCAACUAUGCAUUGGUGGCCAGCAAGAGAACGUUAGAAGAACGGGACAAAGGAACAGCAGCCUCUUCUGACGAUAACCCCGAGAAAGCAGAGCAAGCCUCUACUUGACAGAGAGGUGUGCCGGUGCGGGCCAGCUCUUUCACUCGCCAACAUCCUUCACAUGAUGCGUAUGGUAUUAGCUGUAGAGUACCAACAUGUGCGUAUUUCGUGAACGCUUUUUUAAAAUAAUAACUCAUUGUCAUUUCAUCAUGACCUUCCAUCUUUACACUGCUACUGCUCAACAUUUCCCACGGAAACUGAACUGGGUUUGUGCACAUGUCAGUGAUUUUCACCCUUGACUUGAAGUUUAACUAAAAUCAUAUCAAGACUUCAA